AUGGAUUCCCAAGACCAAGACCAUGAUAAUGGUGGGUGCAGCCCCCUGUCUGUGAAGCAGGAGCCAGGCGAGCCAGAAAAUGCAGUUCCGAAUGCAGGAAAACUGCAUUGUCCCAAGCCAAACCCUGCUCUGCUGGAGACCAUUAGGGCCAACAAAGACCGACCCGAAAGCCGACCAGACAAUAUUGAGCAGGAGAUACCGAGUGAGCAGCAGGAAGAAAAGCCUCAUGACAAGCAAAGCUCGUUAAAUACUCAAGGUGAGACACCUGGGUUUGACUUACCGGGAAUUCAAAACAUGGGCGACAACGUGGUCAGCAAUGAGGACGGCGAUGGGGAAGAAGACGAGGAGCACUGGGAAACAGACAAUGGAAAAGGCAGUGGAGAAGACGAUAAGCAAAACCGGGAGACGGACAUUUCGGAACCUGCACUCAAAGAUUGCACCGGCUCGAAAGACAAAGACGAGAUGCCCACGCCAAAUGAAGACCGGGCAUCUAAGCCAGACGAAGAGGAGACAUCCAAGCUAGACGAAGGCAAGUCCUCCAAGCCAGACGAAGACGAUACCUUCAUGCCAGACGAAGACGAGGGUUUCAUGCCAAACGGAGACGAUACCUCCUUGCCAGACGAAAUCGAUACCUCCGUGCCAGACGAAGAGGAUGGUUCCAAGCAUGUCCCCUCCCCGGCAAACAAACUCUGGGAUAUUAACCCCUCUCACGACGACAAAGCUCGAUUUGACCUUGCAAAACAGCAAGAAGCCGCGCGAAUGUCCCAAAUAGAAGAACAAAGGCUCCUUGAUGAGGACCUCCAGUUUGAAAAGGAAAUGAAAGAGCUCAAUCAUCUAGUUGACAUCGACUCGGAAAUGGAAUUUCAAGAGGUGUCAACAGACGACGAGCCUCAGGAACGAGCCCCGAAAAAGCCGAGUUCAAAGCCAAAGCCAAAGCAAGCUACAAAGGCUCAGAUAUCGAAAAAAGAACUUAAUAGGGCAUCCGAUAUUGGUCUUCGGCAUUUGCUUGCCAAGCAUGAGGAACAGCAGAUCCAAAAUUCGAGUGACAAAAAAGGGAUCAAGAGUAUCUUACAACAUAAGACGAAAAAGUCCCCAAAAAAGACGACAAGGGUAUCAAACGAUGAUAUUGAAGGACUUUUCUACCAUGAUAUCGUCGCUAGUGCUAACGCGAAUGCUUCGAUGGCCGAGCUUCCUGGGUCUGAUAAGAAGGACAAGUCAAAGGCCCUAGCAGAAAUCAUCGCUAGUCUUCCAGUCUCCGAUCGAGAAGAAGCCAAAUCAGACAAGAAACAAUGCAUUGAAGCCUCAAGAAGGUUCCAGCCAGCCGCGAAACUCGUGGGAAAGGCCUGGAAGAUCAAAGGACUGGAAACGCACUUGUACCACUACCAGCUCCUUACUGUUGCUUGGAUGCGUGAUCGUGAGAACUCUACUGACGCGCCAAAUGGUGGCUUGCUGUGUGACGAGAUGGGCUUGGGGAAGACACUCACAGCGAUAGCAAAUUUUGUGGAGGGACGUUCUGCAGCCAACUCCGAAGGCCCGACUUUGAUCGUGGUCCCCAGGAACCUGGUCACGCACUGGCUCAAUCAACUUACCACGCACUGUGAUGGGAAAACGGUCAACCCGGUCGCGUACCAUGCCGGUUCGCGAAUGCGGGCCAGUGAUCUAGGAGCUUGGUUUCAAGACCAGGAUGUUGUUGUUACGACAUAUUACGAAAUUUGCAAUUCAUACCCGACCAUGAAGCCACCAGAAGGGCUUAAAACCCCCGAAGGUAUCCAAGAAUGGUGGCAGCAGUUCUAUGUUGAGCAUCUCGGGGCAUUUCAUGAAAUUACGUGGCACCGCAUUAUUCUUGAUGAGGCUCACAUCAUCAAGAAUCCGAAUUCGAAGACCUCUAUUGCAGUCCGGGCCUUAAGUGCGACGUAUAAAUGGGUCUUGACUGGAACUCCUUUGCACAAUUGCAUUGAGGAGUUCUAUCCUUACUUCGAGUUCAUUGGUGUCCCGGCAAGCGUCCCAUACGAUGCCUUCGCACAAAACUACUGCAACGACGGCCAGUUAUCCCAUGAUAGACUGAUCGCCAUGCUUCGUCUCGUGCUUCACCGAAAAACCCAUGACAGCCGCAUGUUCAAAUUACCGCUCAUACAUCUUCCAGGGAUUGCUCAGCAAGAAAAGCUUCUUGAGCCUAAUUCAGCGGAGAAAUAUCUCUAUGAAAGGAUACAUCAGUUCUGUAUCGAUAUGAUCAAUGGCUUGGUUUCAGACAAGGGCAAGCAGUUCAAGUGCUUUCUCACCAUGAUCCUCAAGCUUAGGAUGUUUACAAGUCACAUACUCGCUGCCCAGGACAUGGUCAAGCGGGUUAUUGAUCAACCUGGGGUCAUCCAGAAAUUGAAACACCUCGCGAAGGGGCAAGGAAACUCCCCCUCAGCUAGCACAACUAAGCUUCUUAUUGCCAUGAAGUCCAAGGUUUCUCUGCCUUGGAUGUCUGUUCCCACUCAAGUUGAGGAUUCGUUCGAUCGACCACGACCUCCGGCAAGCAAUAUCAACCUCCGAGAAAAGCUGCGGGCAGAACUGGAUAGUCUUCAUCAACGGAAAAGGUGGAAUGAGCGUCUACAGCACAGUGAAUGCCCUCGUUGCGGAUCCCCACCCGUGGAGUCCGUUGUCCUUACCGCCUGUCUCCAUCUCUAUUGCGAGCAAUGCUUUGACGAGCUUCCUGAUGAAGAUGGAAAUACCGACACAGUCAGUCGGCUUUGCCGCAUUUGUCAAAUGCCCAUCACAGAGGCCAGUUUCUACAAAGAUAUAUCCGACCCAGUUGAACUCCCCAAGCAGCAGUGCACGGCCCAAUCUCCUGAAACAACCUUCAUGAAAAGGAAGAAAUCAACACCCAAGAAGACAGCAAAGGGCAAAGCGAAGCGGCAGCGAAAGAGCCCCAAGGUCGACAAAAGGCCAUCAAAGUUGCGCAUAAUCGACGGCAUAUCAGAUGAGGAACCGGAUGACUCAAGCGAAGACGAAAUGGAUCUCAAGUCCGAUUGGAUUCGCUACAUUGGCUAUCAGAUGCCUAGCACAAAGCUUGACGCAAUCAAGGAUCUGGUCGACAAGUGGGUGAAAGAGGACAAAAAGGUCAAAAUUGUGAUCUUCACACAGUUUCUGGCAUCGAUGUCCGGAAAGAUGUCCUUUUCGUCGCGAGAAGAUCAGGUCAAAGAUUUCCGAGAUGAUGAGGAUAUACAUGUCCUCAUCUCUUCCCUGAGAACUGGUGGAGUUGGCCUCGAUCUCUCUAUGGCAAACAAGUGCAUCAUGGCAUACUGUCGUCUCUACCGUAUCGGCCAAGUUCGCGAAGUUGAGUAUGUCAAGCUGAUCACGAAAGGCACCAUUGAUGAGCUUCUCUUUGAUAUUCAGAGGAGAAAGACCAAGAAAAUCAACACGGUAAUGAGUCAGAGGGCUCUCACGGGGACUAACUCUAUGAUGGAGUUACUUUCCAUGUUUGGACAGGUGACCGAGACCCCAGGUGGUGCCUUUCGAAUCUCAGCUUUCAAUCCGGAAGAGAAAGCCAGAUUCUGGGAGCCCAUUCGCAAACGGAACGACACGAUCUGA